AAAUUGUUUAGAUGACGAAUAUCUUAAUCGUUUCAAGUUGCCACAAUCUUCAGUAAAUGUUGCGUCAACUAGUACCGGGAGAUUCGUCAGUUUUUGGUUAAGUGUGAUAGCCAGUGACUCCAGAUUCAUCAGAGAUUCUAGAGUCACCCAUAAAAGCCUAGAAGCAGAGGAUGCAAGUCAUCACUGAUAUCUCACAAGAAGUAUCUGAAACUGCCCACACCUUAGAAUCAUGUGCCAUUGAAUAUUUUACAGGAUAUGUCGCUAUGAAAAACAUUAAAAAAACCAACUGCGACAUAUGCAAGGCAGAAUUAUUAGAUAGUACAACGGUUCUUUCAUGAAAUUAACGGAUUUUAAUCUUUCUUCGUGCCUAUAAGAAAAAGAACAGUGAUUCAGAUUUUGGAAGUUUUAUAGCCCCUAGCAAAAAAAUUUCUUUUCUAUUCCGUAUAUUUAAUGCUAUUUUUGAUCAAAUAUAUCCUACCUUGCUGGCUGAAGAAGGCAUUCUUGAUAAAAUAUUUUCUUAUUUUGUAUAAGAUGUUAACAAUUCACCUGAGCUUCAUGGUUGGUUUGACAGUAAGAAGUGUAACGAACAUUAAAAUUGCGGAACAUCCACAAAAAAAAAUUCAAGUCGUCCAUCUUCAGAUUUUGCAAGUUCUAGUGAGAGAACAAAGCGAAGAAGAACUGAAGACAUUCGUUCAAAAUAAAGCGUACAAGAAUUGUGUUAUGCUACACAAAUGACUCUUCGAGCUGCAGGACACAAUUGGACGCUGCUAAGGUUGUAAAGGAUAUGACAGUGGGUAGCCCGUCAAAAGCUCAGAAACACGGGAAAUGUAUACAGUCGACUUCCGAAAGUACUUUUACAGGUGAUUCUGUUUUGUCGUUGUUAGUUGAGUUGAAAUUCUCAAGAAGUCCUUUUUCAAAAGAUUCAACCUUUUGAAAUAUAACCGACGUAACGUACUUUUAUCAAUUAGGUUUGUUUAGUUUAAUUCCUAUUCUAUUCCACUGCGUGUAAAAACAUUGAACAGUGUAUAUACCAUGUAUUUGAUAAAUAGCAGACGAAAAUGGGGGCACAAAACGGAGGAUUUUAUUUAUAUAAUAUACCAUUUAAAGCUAAACGUUCUAUAUCGUCACUUAGUACUCAAAAUCAUUAUUAGUACCAAUUAUAUCUCGAAUAGUGUAAGAAACUGCAACCAGGUUCCCGUGUUAAAAUAAAGUUUUUUAUAAAACCACAAAUACGCAGUUUCGCCCCGUAACAAAGCGUUUUUAAUCUGUCGUGUAUUGACUGCUAACUCGACCGAUACUUUUGUGACGCACUUGAUGAUUAAGCUAUCUCUUUUCACGGUACCCACGGAUGCUUUAUACUUUUACAAGCAUUUGCGUUUUAUAUAAAUCGCAAUAACAAGUCAUCUGUUUGUAGGAGUAUGAUAUUUUUUGAAAAGAUAAACAUGUUAUUUCAGAAACACGUUCAAAACAUGCAAUGACGUGCGUUCCUCAUGAUAGUAUCUUAUAAUAGCAUGACACGCUGUAUCGAGAAAGCGUGUGGCAGUAGGUUCGUCUCGAGUCGUGCUCUGUGGCAAAAUGAUUUAUAUUAAUCCUGCAAAUGUAAUUAAUUUGCUAUUGACUACAUCUCAUUUUAUGCAGUUUGCACUGAUUCCAGUCACUUACAAAGAAGUUGUAUUAUACGAAGUACUACAAGAUAUCAUAACAAGAAGCAUUGAAGAAUCAAUUAAUCGUUUUUUGCUGAAGACGAUGAAGCUUUAGAUUUUGAAGAGCCAAGACCAGUAGUAGCAGAGAUUGUAGAUCCACCAUUUGAUGCUGCUGAUACUGACGAUGAAGCUGUAGAGGAAGAACACAUGUGCAUUCCAGAGAAACAAGAAUAUGAGGUCGACUUCGAAUAUAUUAUGAAAAGAAGGUGGUAGAAUUUUGGAAAAGUACACCAAGUAAACGGAAACCUGUUUAAUUUUCGAAAGGUUCGAACACGUGAACAGUUGUACAGAUGAGAAAAAUACGUCGAAGCAGAUGGAACGCGAAGAGGUAAGUUAUUGUAUAUUUCUGAUUUUACUCUUUCGAUGUUUCGUGAUGCUCUUGAAAGAGGAUCCAUAGUCCAUGAUAUUGAUAUUCAAAAAUGAAGUAAAAGAAAACAUUGAUUUGCCAACAACCAAAGCAGAAAAGUGGUGGACAUUUAAAUUUAAAAAACUUCAUGGAAUAAUUUCACGUAAAAAACAAAAUUUGUAACUUACCGGGAGUGCGAAAAUACUCAAUACAAUUAUCGAUAAUUGUCAGAUACAAUUAUCAAUAAUUGUAUGAGACUAGACUCAUUCGAUAGGACUCGUCGAGAUCUAUCAGGGGACAUAUCCUAAUUUUGAUUCUACAGGCGGUGAAACAUGGAGCUGCCGCCAUUUAUAUUAACCCAAUAAAUGUUGCUUAUUCUAUUAUCCAUAGCUUUUAAUUCUGUGGAUUAAAAUGAUACGCCUAUUAACAGUGCCGAGAUAGAGUUAAAAGAUAUUUUAUACAAUAUAAUUGUGCAACAUACGGAAGAUCCAACAUUCAAUGCGGAACAAGAAACAUAUUUGGACAUUGAAGUAGACUGGGUAAACAGUAAAGAUCAUGUUAUUAAUUUCGAAUGGUUGGAAGAAACGGAAAUCGAAAGAAACAGGAUCAACAACCAGAUAAAUGUACGCCCAGUGAAACACCAAUAAGUUUCGAGCACACAAGAGUACGGUGGAAUACUGGAAGAGUGAUUAUACAUACAAAAAAUGUUAUACAAGCAAUACGGUCAAAUAUAAAAGUACAUGACAUAGAUAUUCGACGGUGGGCGUUACAAGCAAAAUUGGAAGAAGAUUUAGCAUCAUUUACAGCUGGUCGUACAUGGCUGUUAAAAUUUAAAAAAGCAUAUGGCAUAGUAUCGCAAAAAGUUACGAAGUUUGUGACGAGGCCCAAUAUCGAUAAAGAACCAGAACUGAUUUCAAGUUCUCAUAAUUUUCUGGAGCGUGUUAAAUCCUAUACCGAUCGUUACGGAUUUGAGAAUUUGUAUAAUUCGGAUCAAAGUGAUUUCAACCUCGAACUACAUUCUGGACGAACUUUGGCGUUGAAAGGAAACAUUUGGAGAGUUUGGACCUAGGGUACAGCAGACCUUUGGCUACCGCGUCAACAUCUGGAAAACUGACCAAUGAACAUUUUAAAAUUUGGUUAAAAGAAGUUUACUUUCCUAAUACAAACGAUAAGACUGCUUUACUAUUAGAAUCUUGGAGUGGACAUUGUGGUGGUAGUAUUGUGGAAGCUACACCGGAAAAUAAAGAAUUAGUAGUAUUUACGAUUGCAGCAGGGACUACAAAAUAUUUACAACCAUUAGACGUGUACGGAUUUCGUGUAUGGAAAAAUUUUGUUCGCCGGUUUUCGGACACAGUCAUCCUAUUACAUUACGAGAUUAAUCUCCACACGAGGGACAAUAUUUUAAAACUUCAGUCGCUGGCUCAUAAUCAAUUUUCUUCCCCGCGAUUUGAAAAUUUUAUUAAAUAUUCAUGGUAUAAAAGUGGAUAUGUAUCAUCGAGACCACCUCAUUUUGAAAAUCCCGUGGAGUUCUGCUAUGCUGCAGAUAAUGAAGCACGAUGUCACGUAUGUGGUGAUGUGGCUAUUAUUACUUGUGCUUGGUGCCGAAAGCCUUUAUGUUUGAAGCAUUUCUUCGAUGAUUAUCAUUUUUGUCAUGAGUAUGUUCCUUAAGUUACACAAAUCACUUGUUGCAUAUUAAAAUUAUCAAUUUAAUACAUCUACCAUCGAGUAUGUAUAACUUUAAUUAUUUUAUAUCAUGCGAUACAAAUUUAACAAGAUUAACCAUUGUAUGUUAACCAUAGGCGAUCAGACACACAUACGGAGAUUCAAAAUCAUGAAAAUUAAUUAAAUUUGAUUUUUAAGCCCACCCGUAAUAUAUGUAUAUAUGUAAUAUAU